AUGCUGAACAUGGAUUCGUUCCAUUCCUUCAAACGCGCAUCCAACGCGGCCGCGUUCGUAUCUGGCCUAUCUCUUCUGACUUUGCUCAUUGCGGUUCCUUUUCUUUAUUGUACGAUAUGCAAUUUUGAACAUGAACUCCAACUGAAAAGUGGUGGAUUGAAAGAUGUUUCCGAUAAGAUGUGGUCUCAUAUUAUCAAGAACAAACGAGAUGUUGUGAGAAUUCGCCGUCAAGCCUAUCAAGAAGCCGCUCCGGCUCCCAAGCCUUGUCCCGCCGGUCCUAAGGGACCUCCAGGAGCUCCAGGAAUGCCUGGAAUGGACGGUAUGAACGGAAAUCCAGGAAAAGAAGGAGCUGCUGCUAGCCCUCCAAGUGAUAGCUACUCCGAAGGAGCUGGUGCAUGUAGUCCUUGCCCAGCUGGACCUCCCGGUUUAGCUGGUUACAAAGGAAAAAGAGGUCCAAGAGGACCCAAGGGAGAGAAAGGAGCUCCUGGAGCUGCUGGAGGAGAAGGUCCUCCAGGAGAUGAAGGAACAGACGGUGAUCAUGGAAGACCUGGACCUAGCGGAGCAACCGGAGAGAAGGGAGCACCAGGAGAUAAUGGAGUCGGAUAUGCUAAAGGCGCUCCCGGACCAAAAGGAGAACGUGGUAUGCAAGGAAUGCCUGGAGAUGAAGGACUUCCAGGAGAGCGUGGAGAUGAUGCAUCCACUGGCUCGCUCGGAGGAAUGGGUCAACAAGGACCACCAGGAGAAAGAGGACCACCAGGAAUUCCAGGUCUUCCCGGUAAAAGCGGAGGUGUUGGGGAAGAUGCUGAAUACUGUCCAUGUCCAGAUAGAAAGGACAGUGAACCAGCUGGUGGUGGUGCACAGAACUAUGUUGAAGCUCCAGCACCUGCUCCAGCUCCUGCUCCAGCCCCUGCUCCAGCUCCUGCUGAUAGCUAUGGCGAGAAACCAGCGAAUAAUUAUGAAGAGAAACCAGAAGGAGGAGAUGCGCCACCCCCACCCCCUCCUCCACCUCCUCCACCUCCUCCAGCCGCUCCUGAAAAGUAUGAAGAGAAAGCUGACGUAGUAAGAAGCCAAGGAUACGUAGAUGCUUCUGGAGCAAAUGUAGAAAGCGUAGCUUCAUUUAAUGAAAAUUCCUCAUUGGGAGAUUAUCCCAGGCCAGCUGAUAUUAUAGUUAAUGCACCUCCACCACCUGUUGGCGAUAUUCCAGUAGAACAAGGAAAGUAUUCAUCCGAUCACGUUCUACAAGCAGUGAAUGCAGGUGCCCGAAAUGUUCGGUACAGCAAGGCCGAGUUCGCAAAGAAGCUUCGAAGAAAACUCGUUCUUCUUUAG